UACACAUACUUAUACAUACAUACACCUGUCUAUUGUAAAAAAAAAAAAAAAAAAAAAAAAAAAGGAUAAAUGUUUUUGUUUUUUAGCUUAGUUAUUUUCAGUUUCAUCACUUCCAGAUCCUUGUACAAUUUCCUGUCACAUCUAUGACAUCAGCUUUCUUCUCCUGGCAGACUCAUGAAAGUUAAACAAAUAUUUCCAGACUUUUUCCCUUUCAAACCUCCAGGUAUUCUGCCACACAAGCUUCUUCAUUACAUUUUCCCAGAACCAGAUGGUCUUCCUUUCCUCCUUCUUACAGGCUUCUGUAACCCAUAUUUUUUACAAUCCACAUUACCUACUAACUACUUACAUUUUGUGCCUGGUACAGUCUCACCUCAUUUUUUCUUUCUCUCUUUUUUCUAGUUAUAUGUAAAAGCUUUAUUAUAUUUCAUUUCUUGAUGAAAUCCUUUAAACUUCAUAUACUAAUUUUAUCUUCCACUUAUAUAUUAUUUGCUUUCUACUUAAAAUUCUUCUUCUGCCUAGUCUUUUCUUGUUUUGUAAAUCAGUAUCUUUCCUGCUUUUUAUUUUGGCUUCCUAUAUCUGAUCUACUUGAUACUAACUAAAUCUGUCUCUCUCUUUUACCCUUUUUGUUUAGUUAAAUUUCUAGUAAACAUAUUUUUUUGCAGUGCGUAUUUUCUUUUCGAAAAUUUCACCAAUCCACUCAUUCACACUCAUUCACCUGACCUCAGACAAAACAAGUAAAUCCAAGAUGAUAAUAUAUGAUAGCAGAGGAGUGGUAGAGGAAACAGAGAGAAGCCAAAAAAAAAAAAAAAAAAAAAAAAAAAAAAAAAAAAAUCCUCUGCUGACCUGUAACCUAGCCCAUUCGGCUGAGAUCCAUCACUAACGUAGUUCCUCUCCCUCUUUGUGUGGCUUCUUCCCUCAAAUAAGCCGGAGACGCAGCUCAGUCUUAAGGUCACAGAGCUCACUGAGCGGUAGAGACAGCGACAGCAUGGACAACGAGGUCACACUCACCAAGAUGGAUGUCGUUUUGUCAUUCGUAUUGGAGGUGUUGAUCAUGGAGGUACGGGAGAUAAAGCACUUGCCGCCCAACAGAAUCGUAUAUUGUACUAUGGAGGUUGAAGGGGGUGAGAAACUGCAGACGGAUCAGGCCGAAGCUUCUAGACCAAUGUGGGACACUCAAGGUGACUUCACAACUACACACCCCUUACCAGCUGUAAAGUGUAAGCUGUAUACAGAAUCCGCCUCUAUGUUAUCUCUAGAAGACAAGGAACUAGGCAGAGUAGUUCUAAAACCAACCGCUCUCUCUCCAAAGAUACCAGAAUGGUACAAGAUGCAAGUGCCAAAAAAUUCACCUGAGAGUAAUUUAAAUAUUAAGAUAACAGUGCGUAUGGACAAGCCCCAAAACCUUAAGCAUUGUGGGCAUUUGUACGCCUUAGGAAAAAGCUGCUGGAAAAAGUGGAAGAAGCGAUAUUUCUGUUUGGUACAAGUGUCGCAGUAUACGUUUGCAAUGUGCAGUUACCGAGAGAGGAAGAGUGAACCUACAGAAAUGAUGCAGUUGGAUGGGUAUACUGUGGACUAUAUUGAAGCUGUGUCAGCACAACUUAUGGUUGGAAUGGAUUUGGAAGGUGGGAGAUUUUUCUUCAACGCAGUCAGAGAAGGGGAGUCCAUUCUUUUUGCGACAGAGGAUGAGAAUGAAUCCCACCAGUGGGUGACAGCCUUGUAUCGAGCCACAGGCCAGGCUCACAAGCCAACACCACCUGUUAUGCCUCAAGGAAAGAACUCCACUCUUUCUAAAAUACAGGGAGAUGCGGACAAGGCUAAGAAACAUGGCAUGGAUGAAUAUAUUAGUGCAGAUCCAGUUAGAUUUGACCACCAUAGCCUCUUCAGAUUAUUACAGACACAAACCCUUGAGUAUCGUCUCAAUGACCCAUAUUGUUCAUUGGGGUGGUUCAGUCCAGGCCAGAUUUUUGUUCUGGAUGAGUAUCAGGCCCGUUAUGGUGUCCGAGGUUGCUUCAGACAUCUGUGUUACCUUGAAGACCUACUUGAUCGCGCCGAGAAGGGACAGAUGAUUGACCCGACUCUCAUACACUACUCCUUUGCCUUCUGUGCCUCCCACGUUCACGGGAACAGACACCAAACUACAAGCCCCGCCGAAGAUGGGACAGUGACAGUAGGCCAAGAACAAACUCAAGGCCAAAUAGCCCCUAACGUUCCAUUUCCAACAAGACCGGAUGGAGUGGGAACCGUCCUGGCUGAAGAGAAGGAGCGCUUCCAGGCCAUCAAGGAAAGGUUAAGAGUCUUACUUGAACACCAGAUUACCAACUUCAUGUAUUGCUUCCCAUUUGGUCGACCUGAAGGUGCCCUCAAAGCCACACUGUCUUUACUUGAACGGGUAAUGAUGAAAGAUAUAGCAACUCCAGUGCCCCCUGAUGAGGUGAGAGGCAUGAUUAAGAAGUGCCUAGAGAAUGCCGCUCUCUUAAACUAUACCCGUCUGUCGGCUGAAACAAAGAUUGAAGGUGGAGACACCACUCUGCAAGAGGACCUAAGUGGAGAGUCAGCAGUGUCAGCGAGCAGGAAACUCUACGAUCUUAUUCAUCUCGCAGAGCUAUGUGUCGAUCUCCUUCAGCAAAAUGAAGAACACCAUGCUGAGGCUUUUGCUUGGUUCAGUGACCUUCUGGUAGAACAUGCAGAGAUCUUCUGGUCCCUGUUUGCAGUGGAUAUGGACCAGGUGUUGGCCGAGCAACCACCUGAUACCUGGGAGUCAUUCCCGCUCUUCCAGAUCCUGAAUGAUUACCUGAGAACAGAUGAUAAUCUGAAAAACGGGCGUUUCCACCAACACCUGCGAGAGACGUUUGCACCGAUGGUUGUACGAUACGUGGAUCUUAUGGAAUCCUCGAUAGCUCAGUCCAUUCACAAGGGCUUCGAGAAGGAACGGUGGGAGAAUAGGGGGAAUGGAUGUGCGACCUCAGAGGAUCUCUUCUGGAAGCUUGAUGCUUUACAAUCUUUUAUCCGAGAUCUUCACUGGCCCGACCAUGACUUUGCCAAACACCUGGAGCAGAGAUUAAAACUGAUGGCUUGUGACAUGAUUGAAUCUUGUAUAACCCGAACGGACCAGGCGUUCCAACAGUGGCUAAAGAAGGGGACUGGCUUCGUGUCCACAGACUAUGUUCUCCCAUCCGAAAUGUGUGCAAUGGUGAAUGUCAUCUUGGAUGCUAAGAACCAGUCCUUUAAGCUGUGUGCAGUUGAUGGCGUUGAUGUGCACCAAUACCACACCAAAAUUGACGACCUUAUAGAGAGAACAAGCAGCUCCAUGACUCAGGGAAUGGUAGCCAAGCUACUCUCUGUGCUGGAGUCGGUCAUCUCUAAGCUCGGUAGAUAUGACGAGGGAAGCUUCAUUGGCUCCAUCCUGUCAUUUACUUACAAACAGAAUGUGAGUGGGUCUGGAAAGGAAUUGGGAAAAGCAUACAUUAACUUUGCAAGAAACUCCAUGGACCAAAUUCGCCAGAAGGUCAACGACGAGCUCUGGAUUUUGAACUUGUUUGAGCAAUGGUAUGCUGCCCAAGUCACCAUGAUCUGUUCUUGGCUGAGCGAAAGACUCGACCACAACCUCCAUCCAUACCAGUGCACCUGCCUCGCACACAUUGUCAAGAAAAUCUAUACUGACUUCGAACUGCAAGGUGUAAUGGAGGAGAAGCUGAACACCAAGACAUACCAAACUAUAAGCCAGCGUAUGGCCACAGAGGAGGCAGCCUGUGCUCUCAUGGAGGGUAGCCGACGUGCCGCAGGAGAUGACGAAAUUGAAUCAAGCCUACCUGAAGGGGCUGAGGGAGAGGACUAUCCAGAAACGGGCAUUGAGGACGACAUGGUGGAGAAGAAGCCCAAGGUAACCGCUCAGCUCAGCCAGACGCUCGGAGAUGAUCCUGCGAACUACGUCGCUAAGGUGUCUAACGUUGCUGGAAAUGUUGCCGGGAAAGUUGGCAAUGUUUUUGGUGGUCUCAGCAAAGGCAUUGGGGGGAUCACGGGUAAAUUUGGAGGUGGAGGUUUCUUCUAAGAAUAGAGAGGAAAGCGCAGAAGAUGAUCUACAGGAGUCUGUUUCAACUUCAACACUUCUGUUCAGUUUCUUAACCUAUAGAUGUCUCUUCACUAUUUGAAAGUUCAUUAUGAUUAAGUCAGCUUUAUGGACAAUCUCCACUGGAAGCAACAGGCAUGAAGAAAAUAGUUUGUGUGAAAUAAGUUAAAAAAAAAAAAAAAAAAAAAAUCAGGAGAUCAGUUUAAUUACAUUUACUUUCCUAAUUUUGAAAAACUUUUGUUUUAUUAAUUGUCACUGUAUAUAAUCAAUUACACAGACAUUUCUAAAGAUUAAUUUGUUGUGAAAUAUACAUUCCCAGUAAGUUUGGAAAUAAUUUUAGUAUAUAUGAAUAUUACAGAGGGUAACAAUUAUGCCUUUUACAUUAGAAGCGAGAAAAGGUCUGGUAUGAUUAACACACCUUGUAUAAUUGCUUAGCAACUGAAAGGAGACAUAGAGAAGAAAAGAUUAUUAAUAGCUUUUCAAGUAUAACAGAUUUAAAUACUCAUUAAUAUUUUAAUAUUUCAAUGCAGUGUAAAAGGUAACUGCAUGAAUACCUUUUGUGAAAUUCAUUGCAUAUAUAAGAUAAAAGAAAAAAAAAAUUCAUAUGCUGUGCAGAAUACUUUAAAAAGUCAAGUUGAAGGUAACAUGCUAAUUUUACUUUAAGUUAUUUGCUGAAAUUAAAGUUGUGACUCAUUAGUUGUUUAAUGUUGCAGAUGCCAGGACUACCUAAGGAUACUUAUCCAUUCAUUUGUUUGCCAGUUUAUUUACUAUAAUUUUUAUGAACAUAUAGGUGUGAGCUUACAUGGAAAACACAUGUAUUUCAUAGUAUUAUAAGAGUUUACAAAAGAAUCAUGUUUAAAGCCAAUGUUAUUAUAUUCAUGUUUGUUUUUUUAUGUUUACAGUUUCAAAUUUACUUAUGUUAGUGAUGUACAUGAUAAUUCCUGCAUCACACUGAUUUAUAGUUCUUAAGAAAGACAUACUGUUCAUACCUUUUAUAUUCUUUUAAGCCAGAAAAGGUUUCAGUACUGUACAGUCUGUUGAGAAAUAAUAAUAUAUUAAAAACAAUGUUUUGUAAUGAUGGGAAUGUAAUAGAAUCUUCUGAAAAGAAAUAAUCUAGCAUUUCCCAAGAAGCGGCCAUUACAGUUGGUUUAUAGUUACAUUUUUUUUCUCUCUUUCUCUCUCUCUCUCUCUGUCUGUCUCUGUCUCUGUCUCUGUCUCUGUCUCUGUCUCUUAUUCCCUCAGUACUAACACUUACUGAUAAUACAAGCUACUUUCUUCCUGUUCUAUUCUGGUUAUACCAUUAAUUCUUCUCUUUUCUUUAUUUUAGUUGUGUGUGAUUUUCUCUUUUUUCUGGUGCCAUACUGAGGAAUGUACAGCUACCUGAGGCGGUUUCUGUUGCCCUCAAUAGGUCUGGCAAUUAACACACCUGCUGCAGUUGGUCUCACUGUUGUUAAAUUUGUGUUACCUACGACUCUGCUGUAAACUUUUUUAUACUGACUGUAGCAUAUGAUCACCCUGAGAAUAUAUCAGAAGUGAGUGCAAAGUGAAAAGUGAACCACUGGGUUGUGUGUUCUUUCGGCAGACCUUGUCUUGUUGACCACUUUUGUGUAUUAUAAAAGUUCUUGUUGCUAUGUUAUGGAUAUAAAAUAUAGCAAAUUAUGAUUAAACAAUAGUCUAGGCAAAAUACUUUUAUAUAUUAGCUAUGCAUACAUGUUAAGAAUAUUUAAUAUUAAAUGGCAUGUGGUGGCAAGUUCCGUAGCUGCUACAGGUUGGCAAUAUAUUCCUAAAUUCUCUUUAUCUAUACUUCAAUGUCUCUUUUUUCCUUUUUAGAAGACAUGAGUUCACUUUGGUCUCAUAUGAAACCAAUGUCCCAGCUUGCAAUGCCAAUUUCUCCCUCUUCACCAACUUCCUCCAUCUGUAAUCUCAAAUAGGUAUAAUACCCCAAAAUUACCCAUCCACCAUAUAUUGUAUAUCUUGCCUUAUCAUUGAUUAGUUGAUCAAUAAAAUAUUAUCCAUAUAAGCUCUUCUUUCUACACUGUAUCUCUUAGGGAAGUAAUCUAUGGCUUUCUGUUUCACAUAUGGACUGUGUACACAGAUUUUUGAUCUUACUACUUUUCAUGGAAGGGUUUUAAGGGGAGGUCUAGAAUAUGUGAAAUUAUAUUGAUUCAAUAAACCCAUAAAGAUUUUAUAAAACCAUGUUUAUGUUUUCUGGCAUAUUUCCAAAUCAUAAGUUGAUUUCUGAUUGCUAUCUACCAAAUGAGAAAUGAGAGAAAAAAAGACAAAGAAAUUUACCAAGUGUACUGUAAAUAUUCCAUGCUCUUUUAUUGCUGUUGGAGUCCUGAGAUCUAGUGGUAAGUCUAACCUUCAUUGGGAGAAGGGUAAUUUUACCUAAUAGAUGAACUACAAAUGGUACAAAGGAAUUUCUUAAUGGGAAAUGCUAUUGUGGAAUGAAAAAAAGAAGAGAAGAUCAAAGAAAAACAAAGAAACAAACAAAACAUCAUGUGCAAUAUUAAAAACCUAAGAUUGAUUUUAAAAAAUUAUAAUAUUAUAUUACUUACUUGAUAUUUACCUCUUACGUUUUCUUCAACAAUGUUGAUGAUCACAUUGUCCAUAUAAGUUUAUUGAGUUCAUGUGUUACAUGCUGUUGUUCACACAUUCAACAUACUUUGCACUGAUGAGUUAAAAUUGUAACACUGAGUGGCAGAUCUCCCUAUUUUUAUCAUGUAGAAACAUGACAUAUAAAUAGUCCUUGUAUAAUAAUACCAGCUAUCACUAGCUAGCAGUGCAUGAGACUGUCAUAAGAAUUGUGUCACAGGACUUCAUAAGCAUAUGUCAUUUGUGACUAAACUUAUUUCUCUCUAAGUGUGCGAUGUGUCCAAGGGGAAACUUACCCACCCUAUACUACAUUUCCAUUAUGCAAAUAUUCCAAAAUAAUCUUUAAAUCACUUAUACCUGUUGUUAACCAGCUGCUUGGUGCUUGUACUAAAUGCUAAAGAGAAAUUCUUCAAGCUAGAAGUCAGCUUUUGAACCACCUUUCAGGAGAAGUUAUAUCUAGUGUGUAAAUAUAAUUUUUUGGGAAAGAAAUGGUAUUAUUGUUUUUUUCUAAUCAAGUGAAAAUACAGAAAAGCCAUCCACUUCAAAUUUAUUUACUAUUUUAGUAAAGUUAAGCUUAUAUCUUUGAAUCUCAAAUAGAUAUUAGAAGAUUCUACUCUUUUUAAGUUUAAAGCUAGUUAUUGUAUGCAAAGUAUAAAGAUAAUCCAUUGGUUUAGAGGACAUACUUCAAAAGAGCACUAUAGUCAGCUAAUUUUAUAUAAAAAAUAUAUAUAUUCCUUGUAAGAUAAAUAAAGAUUAUUCAGUUUUAAUGAAGGAAGGUAUGAACAAACAUUACUGAUGGACUAAAAUGAUAGUAUGAUAAUUAUU